AUGAAGACGCCCACCGCCAGCGGUGCGAGGGAAGGCACGGCCGCGACAUGGAAACUAGGUGUAGGCGACGAUACGCGGCAAACAUAUGGCGGCUCCAUGCUGGCACAGCACCAGGAACUACAAGGGCGGCGACGCAAGCCGCUAGAAUGCUCCCGGAUGAGACAUGGGCAGCUGUGGCAUGGAGACGAGGAGGCGCGUCGACCGUACGGUGCCUCUGCACCGGAAAUGGUGAGGGCUGCGGCGCAGAGCGGUGGAAUGGUCCCCGGCAUGGGCGUAGGCCGAGAUCGAGUGGCGGCGCAGCAGCAGCAGCAACGCACCAGGUGA